GUUACCCUCUCUGUCCCCUCGGUCCUGCCUCCCCCGUGACCGGCUUGAAGAUGAUGAAGUUUAGGUUUCGUCGGCAGGGUACCGACCCGCAGAGAGAGAAGAUAAAACAGGAGCUUUUCGCCUUCAACAAGACUGUGGAGCAUGGGUUCCCCCAUCAGCCCAGUGCUUUGGCCUUUGACCCCAAGUUGCAGCUCAUGGCCAUCGGGACAAAGUCAGGAGCCAUAAAAAUCUAUGGGGCGCCUGGUGUGGAGUUCACAGGUCUGCACAAUGACACCACUGCUGUCACACAAAUCCACUUCCUGCCUGGACAGGGUCGUCUGCUGUCACUGUUGGAUGACAACACAAUCCACCUGUGGGAGCUGGUGGCCGGACCCCUGAGAGAGGUCGGUGGGGUUAAGAAAGAGGGCGUGGUUUCUCUACAGGAAGUGAACACCUACAAUCUGCCCGGCAGACCUGGCAUCGAGAGCUGCAGUGCCACUCGGGUGACUGUCCUCCUCUUGCUGAAGUCAUGUGACCUCCUCUGCGUUGGAACAGAGGGAGGAGGCGUCUACUUCCUAGAGGUGCCCAGCCUCUCGCUGAAAGAUAACCAGACACUGCUCCAGGAUCAGAUCACACACAGUCUGCCAGAUGACUACAGAUGUGGGAAAUCUCUGGGGCCGGUGGAAGCUCUUCAGGAACACCCUCAACAGUCAGGGAAGAUUCUGAUUGGCUACAGCCGAGGCCUGGUGGUCCUGUGGGAUCUGAGCAUUCGUCACGCUGAGCAGCUCUUCCUGGGCAAACAGCAACUGGAGAGUCUGGUAUGGGAACGCUCUGGAAACUUAUUUGUCUGUUCCCAUAACGAUGGAGGCUAUUCAGUUUGGGCUGUUACCAGUGGCAGCACCUGCAAUCACCAGCCAGUGUCCUCCACUAUCCCCUACGGUCCAUUUCCCUGUAAAGCCAUCAGCAAAAUCCUGUGGAGGACAACACAAGCAGGUUCUCCAGUGCUUUUAUACAGUGGAGGGAUGCCCAGAGCCAGUUAUGGUGACCGCCACUGUCUAACGAUCCAACAGGACAAAGAUCACGUCACCCUCGACUUCACAUCUCGAGUGAUUGAUUUCUUCACCGUCCACAGUGUGGAGCAAGAGAGAGAGUUUGAUGAGCCAUCUGCUUUAGUGGUGUUACUAGAAGAAGAACUGGUUGUAAUUGACCUCCAGACCCCCGGAUGGCCCUCUAUGCCCACUCCCUAUCUUGCUCCUCUUCACUCGUCAGCCAUCACCUGCUCCUGCCACAUCUCCAGCGUCCCUCCUAAACUCUGGGAGAGGCUGGUCAAUGCUGGCAAAGCACAGCAAAGCCGGCAGCACACACACAGGAGCUGGCCGAUAUGUGGGGGGAAAAAUCUGGCACCUCCACCUAAACAACAAGAACUGCUAUUGACAGGCCAUGAGGAUGGCACGGUGCGAUUCUGGGAUGCUUCGGGUGUCGCCCUCACUCCGCUGUACAAACUCAGCACAGCCAACGUCUUCCACACCGACUGCGACCCUAGCGAUGACCCGCAGGACCCCAGCAACGACCCCGAUAUGCAGCAAGAGGAGGAAGAAUGGCCUCCGUUCAGGAAGGUGGGCUGUUUUGACCCCUACAGUGACGACCCCAGGCUUGGCAUCCAGAAGAUAAGUCUGUGCAAGUACAGCAACAAGCUGGUGGUGGCCGGAACCGCCGGACAGGUGAUCGUGCUGGGUCUGAGUGAUGAGCGUUCGGACCACUUGGUCGACGUGUCAGUGGUUGAUCUGCUGUACGACAGGGAGGGCUUCACCUGGAAGGGCCACGACAGGCUGGAACCGCGCUCUAAACCCGCACCUUUCCCCCCGGGCUUUCAGCCGCUGGUGGUGGUGCAGUGCUUGCCCCCGGCCUCUGUGACUGCAGUGGCACUGCAUGCCGAGUGGAACCUGAUCGCCUUUGGGACGAGUCAUGGAUUUGGCCUUUUUGACUACCACAGACGAAAUGCUGUGCUGGCAAGGUGUACCUUACACCCUAAUGACUCCUUAGCAAUGGAGGGUCCCCUGUCAAGAGUCAAGUCCUUGAAGAAGUCCCUACGACAGAGCUUCAGACGCAUCCGCAAAAGCAGGGUUUCAGGAAAGAAACGCACCAUCACUACGCCCACCAGCAAGGUUCAAGAGGCAAAUGCUGCUCUAGCGGAGCAGGAGGAAGUAGCUCCGGUGCAGAGGCGGAUAGAGCCGCGAUCAGCAGAUGACUCGCUCUCUGGAGUGGUCCGGUGUGUCUGCUUUGCAGACACAUUUCUACGUGAUGGUACACACCACGGCCCCACGCUAUGGGCAGGCACCAACUCGGGCAGUGUGUACGCCUACGCUCUGGAGGUGCCCGGUGUGGGUUCGGGGCGAGUGUGUGAGCGUGGCGGUGCGAGUGAGAGCAGUGUGUGCGUGGAGGCAGUGCUGGGUAAAGAGAUUCAGCUGAUGCACAGAGCGCCUGUGGUGUCGAUCUGCGUGCUGGACGGUCGGGGGAAACCUUUACCAGACCCGUACGAAGCCUCUCAAGACCUCGCCAUCGCGCCUGAUAUGACCAACGCUCACUCUGUCCUGAUCGCUUCGGAGGAGCAGCUCAAGGUGUUCUCUCUUCCCAAAGUCAGCGCUAAGACUAAGUUUAAGCUGACUGCACAUGAAGGCUGUCGGGUGAGGAAGGUUGCCAUGGUGGUCUUCAGCUCCACAGCUCAGGAGGAUUACAGCGAACACACACUCGUCUGUCUGACCAACCUCGGGGACAUGCACCUCUUUAGUAUUCCUGCCCUCCGACCACAGGUGCGUUAUGACUGCAUCCGUAAGGAAGACAUCAGUGGCAUUGCAUCAUGUGUCUUUACCAGGAAUGGACAGGGGUUUUACCUGAUCUCUCCUUCAGAAUACGAGAGGUUCUCUCUCUCCGCCAAAGUCCUCACUGAACCGCUCUGCUUCGUUCAGCUCGACCGACCAUUAGAGCCCACACCCACCAGCGAUGGUACGACAGUGCAGCCUCAGGCCAACGGAACCCACAAGAACCAGAUGGGUCAGGCUGAGGGGCAAACAGAAGAGCCUCCCAGCUGCUUGUCCUCGCCAAUCCUGGACACCCCACUGGACUCCCCCCUUAGCUGUGCUGACCUCACCCUCGACUCGACAGCAGAACUCACCGUGGAAGACGUCAGGGAUUUCCUAACAAGUGUGGACGAGGCAGAAAAUAACCUGAAGAAUAUCAAAGAAGAGGAAGGACGAUCGACUGGCAUCCUCAUCAACUGAACAGUAUUACAGGGAGGGGCUCAGGUGGUCGUGAUGGAUUGGAUUUCAGUGCUGGACCACAAACAUCUCCCAUCAGCCCACAGUGGAGCCCCCUGCCAGCACUCUGCACUCUCUUGUUUACCUGGCACAAGCUGGAAUGAAAGUCUUACUCCAGACACAGAAUCCAACAUUAAAAACACUUGUUGUGGUUCCUCCUGCUGGAAGAACAAAUUCUCUAUUGUCUUCUUCUGGAACCCCUUUGGAAACAUGACGUUUCCUCCGAUGUGGAGACACAAAGUGGACACAGUGUGGCGUGGGGUCGGCCUUGGAGCUGAUGGUUCUGAUUUCAAGAGCUCAAACUGAAACGUCCGUCUUUGAGGUCUUUGUGUUCAUCUGUUAUCGGCCCUUCAGCUCAGCAUUCGAGGAAAGAGCCGUCACAGUCUACAGCGGAGACUCGAUGGUCACUUUUUUCCCUCCACCUGCAGCCUGUGGCGCGCCAGGCUCGGCCUGAGGUUUUGCAGUUGCCAAAUUCCCUUCUUGAUCUUCAGCACACGAGCGGAUGCGAUGGACCGCUCUUCCUGACGCGUCCUGUGAAUAACCCGUUUAAAAAGAACCGAGAUUGUCCAGCAAAGUCUGAAGGAGAGCACUGUAGUGUUGAAGACAGAAUAGCAAAUGAAGUAUUUUGAGUAUGAGUCUUAAAGUUGUAGCAUUUCUCUAUAGGUGCCAACAAAGGCAGCUGACUUUUUCUCCUGUGGGGGUCGAGGCAGCGCUGAAAUCGGCAGCAGGCUCUGAGAAGCUCUCUCCACUCUGUGGGUACUGAGGAGGAAGCUGAGUGUGGGACAGUGGAGGUGUUUUUGUAUUGCAAACUUUUCUAUGGCUUUUGGAGAAAGUGAAGAUAUUUUCAUUGAUGAAUGGAGUGAGGAAAUGUUAAAAAUUCAUACUGUGACUACAAAGGGAACCAGCUGGGGCAGAGGGCAGAUUUUGGUGAUUUAUUUUUAAACUUUUGAAAUAUCUUUAUUGCUAAAGAGCCGGGCAGUGAUGUCACAGGGGUAAUAAACACAGAAUUACCAUCCUCGUGUUCAGUGACUGUGGCAGAACAUCUGCUUUCCCUCCCACGUUAACACCUCUUAUAAAGGACCCCCGUGGCAUCACUGUCCCCGACUACAGUGGGAGUCAGCGGGGCCACGUGAUGUGAGGUUACUGUGCAGUGUCAGCCUGUUUGAAAUUUAAAAUAUAUUUUGUCAAUAAUUCAAACAUGUGGAUGAAGGUGGAAAGUGGGUCUCUCUCCUGAACCCUCCUCCUUCAUCGCAGCAUGCAGAAACCUUCGGACGGGACUCAGGGAAGUGUUGCAAGCUAAGCAAAGUUAGCGUGGAAGUGGAGUGGGACUACUUUUUUGGAGGGGGGGGGUGUCUCUGAGUUGGUGCAUUCUGCGUAGUGUUGGUUACACACAGAGCUUUGAUUGCUAGUAUUUUUACCCCCCUUGUGUUUUUUUUAAAAGACGUUUUACUGUAUAUAGAAACAAAUGUAUACAGCAUCUAUAUCUGGGUUCACACAAGAAAAGAGGGAAGUAUUUGAAACUGUCAUAACCUUAAAACCACUCUGUGUUCCCUCACUUUAACACACAUCACCACUAACUAAUUUAGCUCAGCAGGUAGGAGUCAUGUUAAUGCCUUUUUAAAAUGUUAGCUUUUUUCCCCCUCUCGGCGUACUGGUUGAUGCACAUAAUUAACCCUCUCAUGCUACAGCUGGCACGAUUUACCUUCUUAAUCCACAUUUAAGAUGAAUCUGUUUCUAUUUUUGUCAGUUUCGUGUGUAGGAAUUUAUUAACCGGGUCAUUUAGCAGUUUGGCUGAUGAAGAAUUGAAUGUUAAUAAAAUUAUUUACACUCAAA